ACUCGAAUCGGCGCUGACGUGACGUGUGUUACGUUGACGCUAGUAUUCUACUGUGGAAUCACCAGUGUUAUUUGUUUAUACUUUGUACAUGGAUUGAACUGCACCACCCCGAGGAUUGAAUAUUGACAGUGUUGUGUACUGUACGUGUGUGCGAGUCUGGCAUGGAAUACUGUUGUGAAACGGGUCGGCCGUGUUCGUUUUUGUGCUGAAUGGUGAUUAAAAGUAAUUUGCUUUUACGGUGUUGAGGGUCGGCCGGUGCGUAUCGAUCGCGUAUUGAGGCACAAAGCCGGCGGAUUGUUGUGCAGCUGAGCCGGUACAGCUUGAGGUGUGUCGAGCGACGGAGCGCCAGACCCGUGCGAGGAUUGCUACCGGAAUGCCAGUGUGUCUAGUGAUGGUGCAUUGAGGUCGUGCCAGUACCUACCGAAUAGUGUUAGUGUUAACUAUAGUGCCCUAAAAAGUGCUGAAUGGAUUGUGUUCCCUUUGGAUUGCCACCGCGAGUCAUCGAAAGAUCUAGUUGGGAACGGGCUACAAUGGUGUGUGUUUGUGCGGGGCAGCGGGGGGCGGGCGCGGCGAGCCGGCGCGGAUGGCGGCGCCAAUGAGGGAAGGCGCGCCGGCCGGCGGAGCUCGCCCCGCGCCACACGCGCACCCCGCCAACUUCGAGUACGAUGACAACGAGUGGGACAUCGGCAUCGGCGACCUCAUCAUAGACCUCGAUGCCGACAUAGAGAAGACUGACGAGGCGGGCGGCAUGGCGGCGCGCGCCGAACCAGACGCGCAGCGCACCGCGCUCAAGAUGAAGAUCAAGCGCACCAAGCCCGGCACCAAGAGCUCCGAGGCCAAGCACGAGAUCGUCAAGUCGAACGAGAUGAACGGCGAGCCCAAGCCCGCGCCGCCCGCGCCGAACGCGCCGCCCGCCGCCGCCAAGCGCGGCUCCGGCGGCCACCGGCGGGACAAGGCCAGAGACAAGCACCACCACCCGCACCCGCCGCACGACGUCAACGGCGUCGCGCGGGUGCCGCCGCCGCCCAACGCGCCCGGGCCGCCCGCGGCGCCGGCGCCCGCGCCCGGCCCGCCCGCCGCCGCGCCCGCGCCCGCGCCGCCCAAGCCCGAGCCGCGCCCGUCGCCCGCGCCGCGGCUCGAGGCCGGCAAGCCUCCCGCGCCCGCGUCUGCCGCGCCGCCCGCGUCCGCGCCGCCCGCGCCCGCGCCCGCGCCCGCCGCCGCGCCGCCGCCGCAUCCGUCGCACCCCGCGCUCGCGGCGUCGCCCGCGACCAAGCCCGAGCCGGACGACUCGCGGCAGGACUCGCAACCACCGGCGAAGAAACAAAAAACAGAAACUAAGGAAACGGCAGAAGUAUGCGUCGGCACCUCGGUGGGGACGAUAACGGAGCCCGACUGCUUGGGCCCCUGCGAGCCUGGUACCUCGGUCACACUGGAGGGCAUCGUGUGGCAUGAGACGGAAGGUGGUGUUUUGGUAGUGAAUGUGACGUGGCGAGGGAAGACCUACGUCGGGACGCUCCUCGAUUGCACGCGGCACGACUGGGCGCCUCCGCGAUUUUGCGAUUCACCCACAGAAGAAUUAGACGCACGAACGCCGAAGGGCCGAGCGAAACGAGGCCGCGGCGCCGCGCCCACUGACAUGACGAAUUUCACAGAGACUCGCUCGUCGGUCCACAGCAAGCUCCGCAACGGAGGCGCCAAGGGACGACGAGCGCUACCCUCUCCUACCCCCUUCACCCCUCCGAGACCAGAUUCAAAAAGAAAACGGACGUCAGAAGCGGACGAGAGACCGCCGACGCCGAAAGCGAAACGGCCGCCUCCGACGCCGUCUUCCCCGCCUCCUGACCCUGUCCUCCUAGAAUGUCCAGAGCCGAAUUGCUCCAAGAAGUACAAGCACGCGAACGGGUUGAAAUACCACAGAUCGCACGCGCACGGGACGCCAGACGACGAUGACAAAGACGGUUCUAGUUCAGAGCAGGAGGAGCCGGCGACGGAGCCCGCGUCUCCCGCGAGACCGCCGUCGGCGCCGGCGACGCCUGCUACUCCCGUCAAGUCUCCAACGCCUGCUAAGUCCCCUGAAGCGAAGAGCGAGAAGUCCCCGGAAAAGUCUCCGGAGAAACCCGAGGCGCCAGCGGAGUCCCCGCAGCAGGCGCGCUUCCCUGAGGAGUUUGCGGCGACGCCGGAGCCCCCCGCGCCGGCGGAGCGCCCGGUGACCCCCCCGCCACCUUCCACACCCCCACCUGAAAACCUUCCAGCUUUACAACCUACUCAGUUUAAGGUAAAACCCCGCUCAGCCCUAAUGCCGUCAGAAGAACGGAAGUCCACGGAUUCCGUCGCCGACGAGUCGCCGGGCAAGCGGCGCGCCCGCCGGUCGCCCACGCCGGGAGUUCGAUCGCCGGCGUACUCUGACAUAUCUGACGACGCCGCGCCGCCGGACGCCGCCGCCGAACCCGACCCGCAGCAUAGGCCGUUCCCGGUCUACCAUCAGUACUACGGGCAGCCGCCAUACUUGCCGCCCGCGCAUCCGCCCACGGCGGCGCCGCCCCCCGCCGACAAAGCCAAGGAAGACCUCACCAAGGGGGACCCCAAGGCUGACCACAAAGAGGUCAAACCAGAGAGCGGUCCGCAAAAAGUUUUACCCCAGCACUUUUACCCGUAUAACUACGUGCCGAAUUUUCCCUACAACGUGGAGUCGGGGGGGCCUCCUCCUGGCCCUUUGGAGGACAAGGGGAAGGAACCAGACCGUUCUAAGACUACCCCCAGCCCACUAGAUAAGAGCAAGCAGCAGCGCCCUUCGGAAGGAAAGGACAACUCUGGCAGACCGAAUGAUAACCACCAGAUUCUGAAGGAAAGCAUCGAAAUCAAGGCCCAGAUGGGCUCGUAUGCGUUUCAAAGGCCGUCGCAUGCGAGAGAGGAUGAAUUGAGAAGGUAUUACAUGACCCUAGAGCAGCGACGGAAAGAAGGCGCGGGUGACGGCAAGCCCCCCGGCCCGCCGCCGCAGGGGGGCGCGCCCCCCGGGGCCCCGCCGCGGGCCCCGCAGCACGCCCACAAGCCCCCCUCCAAAGACAAGGACGAUAAGCAUAAGGAUGAGGUCAAGGUUAAACAAGAAGGCCAGAAGCCGACAACGGAGACUCAGGGCCCGCCGCCGCCUCCAACCUCCCAGUACUACCUACCUCCCUACAUGCAGCCGCCCCACUACGGCGGUUUGCCGUUCGACACCGUCUACCGGCCGCCUUUGAGCCCCAUGCUCGUAGGCGGCUUCGGCGGAGGCUGGACCGUGCCCCGGUAUCACGCUCCUGAAGACUUAUCCCGGCCUGGGGCGCCUGCGAAGUUGGAAUUACUUCAAGGGCAUGGGGGACAGUACUACGGGCCGCACGCGCCUCAUAAGAUUCAUGAAUUGCAAGAGCACGCUAAAUCGCCGCAAGGAAAGCCGCCGCGGCCGGAGCCGCCGAAGGAGCCGCCGCGUUCGCCGCCGCCGCAAAGACACGUACACACGCAUCAUCAUACGCAUGUCGGGCUUGGAUACCCGCUCUACCCGCCGCCUUACCCCGCGGCUGCCGUGCUGGCCAGCACCCAGGCGGUCGUCAACUCCUUCCCCACGCCGCCCAAGUGAGCGCGCCCGGCGCCCUGAGGACCCCGCCCGC